UUCAAACAUAAGAGCUAAAUACCUAGCAAGUGCUCUUCUAUUUUCCCUCCCAAGUGUGUGAACAGUUUCUCUUUAAAAUUCAAGAUGGUAAGACCUCUAAAGAGUUGCCUGCAAUUAUCCCUCAAGAUUGCAAACAUAACAAUAGGAUUUAUGGGCAUUGCGAUGCUUAUUUAUGGUGUAUGGAUGAUUAGAGUUUGGCAGAGAGAUGCUGCGGACUCACCAUCAUCCCCUGAUUAUGCUCAGUUUCCUUGGUUCAUCCAUGCAUUUCUUGGUGUUGGUACUGCUUUAUGUGCAAUCACUUGCCUUGGUCAUAUCGGUGCGAACUCUGCCAAUUCCUGUUGCCUCUCAUUUUAUAUUUUCAUCAUAUUUGUGCUUCUUCUAUUAGAGAUUGGAAUGGGAGCUGAUGUUUUCUUGAACUCUGACUGGGAGAAGGAUUUACCAGAAGACCCAUCAGGAAGGUUUGAUGAUUUCAAGGAUUUUGUCAAGUCAAAUAGCGAUGGCUGCCAAUGGAUUGCCCUGCUCUGUGUUCUAACACAGGUGGGCUGUAUCUUAUUAGCUACAAUUCUAAGAACUCUUGGGCAAGUUAAGGAAUAUAGUGAUGGGAAUGAAGGUGAAUAUGCAGAACCAUCGGCUCCGCUUCUGCGAUCUCCAGAACUGCCACCAAGUCCACUGUAUCCAUAUGUUAUUGGUGAACCAGUUAAUAGUGAAACAAAUUAUGUCUACAAGAUUGUUUGAGUUUUGGAACACAAAGAAGCUGAAGUGAAUGAAGUUUUCAUCUAUGGAAAGAUGGUUGCUGAGACAGCACUAAUUAGCACAACUCAAGUAUUGAACUUGAAGUUUGGAUAUUGAGACAGAGAUAAAACCUGCUAAGGCAGCUUAGUCAGGAGUAUUGCCUGUGAUGUAGCUUCUCCAAUAGCUUAAGAAUGAAUUUUAUGAGAGACAGAUAAGACCAUAUUUGUGUAUUUAAUAGUAUUAUUUUGUAACUUAUGUUUUCCGCGGUAUCAUUUCAUUUAUCACGGUGAAUUAUAUUUGUUGGAUAUGCUAUUGUAGUAUUGUCAAUAUAAAUAUUGAAUAUUGAGUAGAAAAGAUGAUUGGCAUCUUCCUCCGGAAA